UUGAAAAUUGGCACAGAGUUGGGACCUCUGUUCAUUGGCUGAAAAAAAUUGCUAAUUUUGUUGCUAAGAGACAGUAUUGUUUGAUCUAAAUCCGUUCCCUACCUACAUCUUCGUACGCGUAUAUAAUCUCUUACAACAUUCAAUUAAAAUGUUUUAAUGUAUAACCCAGUAUCGAAAGAAAGACAUCAGGUACUGAAAUGGUGAAUGAAAAGGAAUUUUGGACGGAAGUGCGAAAAGAUAUACCGCGAUAUAAAAAAAGAAAGCCACGAGUAGUUCCUGCAUUCACUAUCCAGGCAAUGCAGGAAAACACGGUCGUUGCGAAACCUCCGCGGUGUGGACUGUACAAACCUCGUUCACCGAAACCGUCGAUUUUUAGGAAAUUUUACAAGCGUGGCGUAUUCCCUAUCUCUUUGGAGAACGACGGCUACGAUCAGAAAAUUAAUUGGAAAGUAGAUAUAGAAAAUUUGGAUUUCCAUCAUUAUUUGCCAAUGUUCUUCGAUGGAUUAACGGAAAUAGAACAACCGUAUAAGUUUCUGGUAGAGCAAGGAAUAUCAGAUAUGUUAGAGCAUGGUGGGCCAAAGAUAUUGCCUGUUGUUCCUCAAUUGAUUAUUCCUAUUAAGAACGCUUUGAAUACAAGAAUGCCUGAGAUAAUCUGCACCACCAUGAAAGCACUUCAACGUUUAGUACGAUCUGCUGAUUGCGUUGGCGAAGCUUUAGUCCCGUAUUUUAGGCAAAUCUUGCCUAUUCCAAACUUACUCAAAGAUAGAAAUGUAAACCUUGGGGACGGUAUCGAUUAUUCUCAGCAAAGAGGAGAGAACGCAGCGGAUAUUAUACAAGAAACGCUUGAAAUCUUGGAAAGAUACGGUGGCGAAGAUGCUUUCAUAAAUAUUAAAUACAUGGUUCCCACAUACGAAUCCUGCAUGAUGAAUUAAUAGGUAGAAGAUGACACUAUCACUAUUAUCUUUUUAAUAGAUUUAUUCUUUAUUCAUAAAAAUAUAAUUAUCACAAAAUCAAAAUGCAUGCAAAAU